GCCACCCCCGCGUGCGUGCACACCAUUUGAUAAAGUCUAUUGAUUGACCGAAAAAAGCAAAUAAAUAAUACGAGCGGCUUUGGAAGAAGGUUUACCAGGUACCGGCGAUACGAAAAGUACGCUGCCGCCGCCCCUCACCGCCACCCCCUGGCCACGCCCUUCCAACGAGUGCCGAAGGAUGACCGCUGUGGAGGCUGAUGUGCUGCAGAAAAUCGAUCUGAUUGAGCCCACGACCGGAAAAUUGUUUUUCGAGCACAAAACUGAAUUGGUCUUCUGUCGACCACAUUUGAUGCCGCUGAAGACGCAGGCGCUGGAACGCCUGGAGGAAAUGCAUCGCGAUACUGCUCGCCAAUUGCAGAAGAAGCGUAUCCAGAAGAAGUCUUCAGAGUCCACAUGA